CACCAAUUCUCUCUCUCUCAAUAUAUAUAUAUACACACACAUACCAAAACCAACUCUCCUCCUGUCUUGUUCGUUUCACUUUUCACUCACACAAUUCUUCAAACACCUUGCACCAAAAAACAACGACAACUUCUUCCAGUGCAUGGAACUCCGGCGACAUCGGUGGCGCCGCUAGUAAUUAAUAAUGGCUUCCACAGUCGCUUCCGCGAUGGCUUCCACCUCCGCCGCCGAGCCCGACCCCGAUGCGGCGGCGAGGAAGCGCUACGAGGGCCUUCUCACAGUUCGCACGCGUGCCAUCAAAGGCAAAGGCGCGUGGUACUGGGCCCACCUCGAGCCCAUGCUGCUGAACAACGCCGUCAAGCUCAAAUGCUCCCUCUGCGACUCUCUCUUCUCCGCUUCCAACCCUUCCCGAACCGCUUCCGAGCAUCUCAAGCGUGGCGCGUGCCCCAAUUUCAACCACUCUUCGUUGCCUUCACCUUCUCCUAUUUCCACUGUCCUCUCUCAUUCCCAUUCCAACAACGGCAGAAAGAGAACCUCCACCUCAACCUCAAACUCUCCGAACCAGGACCACUCUGUUCAGCAUUUGGUGUUGUCUGGUGGAAAAGAUGAUUUGUGUGCUCUCGCUGUUUUCGAGGACAGUGUCAAGAAGCUCAAGAGUCCUAGGAACUUGUCGCAUGUUGCUCCUCCUGAGUUGACCAAGGACCAGGUUAACUCUGCUGUUGAAUUGCUGGCAGAUUGGUUCUACGAGUCUUGUGGCUCUGUGCCUCUCUCUGCUCUUGAACACCCAAAGUUUCAAUCUUUUCUCACCCAGCUGGGUUUGCCGGUGACUCUGUUAAGACGAGAGAUAUAUGGGUCUAGGCUCGAUGAUAGGUUCGGAUUGGCCAAGGCUGAGUCCGAAACUAGAAUGAGAGACGCUAUGUUUUUUCAAGUGGGGUGUGAUGGUUGGAAGGGGGAGGAUGGUGUGGUGAAGUUUAUAGUGAAUCUUCCCAAUGGUACUAGCGUGUUCAACAAGGUGGUGUUUGGUGGUGGUGGAGGAGUGGUGUCUUCUAAGUAUGCUGAGGAGAUUUUGUGGGAGUUGGUGAGUGGCGUUUGUGGGAGUGAUGUGCAGAGGUGUGUGGGGGUAGUUGCAGACAGGUUUAAGGGGAAGGCGUUGAGGAACUUGGAGGUUCAGAACCAUUGGAUGGUGAAUGUUGCUUGUCAGGUUCAGGGGUUCAUGGGUUUGAUCAAAGAUUUCAGCAUCGGUCUACCACUUUUCAGUGUUGUCACUGAGAAUUGUCUCAAGGUUGCUAAUUUCAUCAACACUGAGUCUCAGGUUAGGAGUAGUUUCCUCAGGUACAGGAUGCAGGAGCUGGAAUGUGCUGGGCUGGUACGAGUUCCGUCUCCGAAAUGUCAUGUGUUGAAGGACUUUGCAGCAUCUGUGUUUCCAAUGCUGGAGGACAUCCUGAGCUGUGCUGCAGUGAUCCAAAUGGUGGUGUUGGAGGACACGUUUAAGGUGGCGUGUAUGGAGGAUCCACUGGCCAGAGAGGUUGCUGGAAUUGUUCAGAGUGAGGGGUUUUGGAAUGAACUGGAGGCGGUUUAUUCGCUGGUGAAGCUAAUCAGAGGAGUGGUUCAGGACAUUGGGGCGGAGAGGCCAUUGAUUGGUCGGUGCUUGCCUCUUUGGGAGGAGGUUAGAACCAAGGUGGUGAAGGAGUGGUGUGUUAAGUACAGUGUUGCGGAAGCACCUGUGGUGGAAAUACUUGAGAAACGGUUCAGGAAGAAUUAUCACCCUGCAUGGUCUGCUGCAUUCAUACUUGAUCCACUUUACUUGGUUAAAGAUGCAAGUGGAAAGUACCUUCCUCCGUUCAAUUGCUUAACUCGUGAACAAGAGAAAGAUGUAGAUAAGUUAUUGACAAGGCUGGCUUCGCGAGAAGAAGCUCAUGUUGUGUUGAUGGAGCUCAUGAAGUGGAGAUCAGAAGGGCUUGACCCACUUUAUGCACAGGCUGUGCAGAUGAAACAACGAGACCCGGUUACCGGGAAGAUGAAGGUUGCAAAUCCACUCAGCAGUAGACUUGUUUGGGAAACUUGCCUCAGCGAGUUUAAAUCCCUUGGGAAGCUUGCAGUGAGGCUCAUUUUUCUGCAUGGAACCUCAAGUGGAUUUAAGAGUAAUUGUUCUUUCAUCAGGAAGAUUUCUGCAAAUAAGCACUCCAGAGUUUCCUUGGAAAGAGCUCUGAAAGUGGUGUAUAUUGCAGCUCAUGCCAAGCUUGAAAGACGAGACUUUUCCAAUGAGGAAGAGAAGGAAGCAGAACUGCUUGCCAGGGAAGGUAGUGAUGAUGGUAUGCUGGCUGAGGUCUUUGCUGAUGCACCCCUGCUGUAAUGUGCCACUUUUCAACCCCUAUAGAAUUCUGUAAUUUUAGGAUUUAUCAUAUUUUUUUUCCAGAGCUGUUCUAUUAUUUCCCUUAUUCCACGUGAAAAAUAUUUUGUGACUUGUGAUUGAAACAAAAAAGGAUAUUGGAAGACACCUGACUGUUAUGUCAUCUUUUAUUCAAAUGAAUCAUCUCCAUUUUCCCCAUCUUUUA